AUGGCGUAUCCAGAUAACCAGUCUCCAAGGAGAAUGCCCCCGCGAACACACUCCAAUUUUAUGGCUCGAACAGCUCUCGACAACGCAUCACAGUUGAACCGCCGAGGCUCUGUAGCCGCUCUAUCUCCCUCACCAGAAGAUGAAUCUGGGUCAGCAGAGCAAGAUGCUCUCACACUUCGAACUGAUGGGUUUGCUCAGCUGAGAUCUCAUACCGAGAGUCACAUGUCUUACUUUUCGUCUUUCUUCAAUUGGUCUCGCCAGGAAGCCAGCAGUACACUCAGGCACCGAAGACCUUCAACUCAACCUUUACUCAGACCAGAAAUAGGGCACCACAGGCGUAGGCACGAUGUUAAGAAAGGUCGCAGUAGCUCUUAUCCGAAUCCAUCAGGAACAUCCGCCAAACUAGGGACCUUCGCUGGUGCUUUUGUACCAACGAGUCUGAACGUGCUCAGUAUCCUCAUGUUUCUUCGUUUUGGGUUCAUUACUGGGCAAGCAGGUCUUGUAGGGACCCUUGUGCAUCAACCUGUGCGCUCCUCAGAGGCUCCCUCUGUUAUCGCCACGACCGUUGUGGCCAUUGUACCAUGGAUGCUUAUUGCUUGCUAUGCUAUCAAUCUAUUGACGACCAUUGCUCUGUCAGCCAUUGCGACCAAUGGAACAGUCAGAGGAGGGGGAGCAUACUAUCUUAUAUCCAGAAGUCUUGGUCCUGAAUUUGGUGGGUCUAUAGGGAUCGUUUUCUAUGCUGGCAACGUUUUUAACUGUGCAAUGAACGCUGUGGGUCUCGUUGAUUGCUUCGUUGAGAAUUUUGGUGCUACUAACGGUAACUGGUCACAAUGGAUGCCAGACGACUUUUGGUACAGAUAUAUCUGGUCGACAGUGGUGCUAAUAAUGUGCACGGCCAUAUGUCUAGCAGGGAGUGGGCUUUUUACCAGAGCUAGUAACGGCCUCCUGUUAAUCCUUCUCCUGGCAACUUUCAGUAUCCCAUUUUCGACUCUGAUAGUGGCGCCAUUUGAGAAUUUGAAGCAGGGCGUAGAAUACACUGGCUUGCGUGUUGAAACCCUUCGCCAGAACCUAUUCCCACAUUUUACAAAGGGUGCUGCUGGGAGCCAGCUCAAAACUCGCGAGACCUGGCAAGAUCUGUUUGGCAUCUUGUUUCCUGCUACGGGAGGUAUAUUUGCCGGUGCCAGCAUGUCUGGCGAUCUCAAACACCCCAGCAAGGCAAUACCGAAAGGCACGCUUUACGGACUUCUGCUCACUUUCAUAUCCUAUUUUCUUGUCAUUCUGUCGCUCACAGCAACAAUCACAAGGGAGUCGCUACGACGCAACACCAAUGUCAUCCAACUGACAAACGUAUCAGAAGUUCUUGUUUUCCUCGGCGAGAUUGCAACAAGUCUUUUCUCAUCUCUACUAGGUGUCAUUGGAUCAGCAAAACUCCUCCAGGCUCUUUCCAGGGAUAACCUUCUGCCAGGUCUCGGAGUCUUCAGCCAAGGCACCAAAAAGGCUGACGAGCCAACCUACGCGAUUCUGUUCACAUACUUGUUGGCACAAGCUACGAUGCUAUUCGACAUCAACCAAAUUGCAUCGCUCAUAACAAUGAUCUAUUUGAUGACAUUUCUAUCGACUAAUUUAGCCUGCUUCCUCCUUAAGAUAAGCUCAGCGCCAAAUUUCAGACCGAGCUUCAGGUAUUUCUCAUGGCCGACUGCAGCAGCAGGUACAUUGAUCAGCGGUGCCACUAUGUUUUUUGUUGAUGGCAUUGCUGCGUCUGUCUGUGUGGUGGUGCUUAUUACCAUUUUCGUUCUCAUACACUACACGACUCCCCCAAAGACUUGGGGCGAUGUCAGCCAGAGUCUGAUCUACCACCAAGUGCGAAAGUAUCUCUUGCGUCUACGACCGGAGCAUGUAAAGUUCUGGAGGCCGCAAAUCCUCCUCCUCAUCAAUGACCCUCGGAAACAGUACAAGCUUAUUCAAUUCUGCAACUCAUUAAAGAAAGGAGCCUUGUUUAUCUUGGGGCAUGUCAUCAUAACCCCAGACUUCAGUAGCACAGUCCCAGAAGCUCGCCGACAACAGGCGACUUGGACCAAAUACAUUGACUUUUCUAGGAUUAAGGCCUUUGUAAAUAUUGCGGUUUCCCCUGCUCUGGAAUGGGGUGCUCGAAACUUAGUUCUUAGCGCUGGACUCGGUGGUAUGCGCCCGAACAUCGUAGUCUUGGGCUUCUACAAUUUGACCGAGUUGCGAGAGUCUAUACCGAUAGUCGAUCUAUAUUCCUCACUGUCGACCAGGCCAGGAUCCACACAGGAAGAUCGCCAAUCGAAACAUCUAUCGAAGAAGGCACAUAAGAAACACGAUGAUAAACUCAGUGGAGUCCUACCUACAGAUCUUGACCGUAGAGAACAUGCCAUCAGCGCAUCAAGCUACGUUACUGUUCUGGAGGAUCUGCUACUUAGAUUGAAAAUCAAUGUCGCUGUUGCGAAGGGAUUCCAUGAAUUGGAGCUUCCGGGACCGAAACCUUCUACAACAGAACAAUUGUUACGAUAUCUAUUUCCGAGCGAUCAAGAUGAAGGCGAAAGUGCUCAGAGGUAUAUCGAUCUUUGGCCAAUUCAAAUGUCUGCCACUACAGAAGUCGAAGAUGGUACGGAGAAUGGAAAGAGUAAACAUGACGUUCUGACCACGAACUUCGAUACUUAUACACUAAUCUUACAGCUCGGCUGUAUCUUGACUACAGUACCAUCAUAUGCCAGGACUUUUAAGCUACGUGUCAUAGUGUUCGUAGAAUAUGAGAGCGAUGUGGAGGAGGAACGCGGACGUGUCGUCACUUUACUGUCGAACUUGCGAAUCAACGCCGAAGUAUUGGUUCUCUGGCUGGCGUCUGGACAGCUCAAAACCUAUGAGAUUAUCAUCAACGGGAGUACAGAUGGGAACAAUGCUGAUGCUAUUCGCUUAGUAGAUGAUGCUCUGAGCAACGAAGACUGGUGGCAAGAUGUCGAGAGACUGCGAGGUCGUCGUGGCUCAUUGAGUACCAGCCAAGAGCUAGCUAGUGUGACCGGUAUUCUUGACGCGACGCAAAAUUGGCCAGAUGCAUCUUUCCAAUAUGGUCGGCAGGAGCCCAAGACUUCGAGAUUCGAUGGUCUACGAAAGAUGAUACGUCGGGUAAAGGGCAAGUCUUCUGUUGGGCAGAUAAGCCAUCUCGGUGUCAAUCUCGGAAUGCGUACGCAGAGACUACCAGCAAGUCUAGUGUCUGCGCAUAGUAGUGGGGAAGAUUCUAGCCCGAGCGACAGUGAUGAUUCUACCGUGGAGUGCUCGGACAGUGAUGAACAUGCUGUUAGCGAUGAAGAUGUUCCAGACGACAGCAGGUCUGUGUCUCCUCGUCAGCAAAUGAUCAGUGCUGGCUCCUUGUCCAGUAGGCAUGACGGAUCACCAAAAACCUCUCAUGCUAGGCUUGUAGAUGGCAAUGGAUCACCAAGCCACGAACAGAACGCACAUGCGUCGCCCAGUAACUCGAUUUUGGGUUCCAGUCUCAAAGGGAAUUCUAUUAACUCGGGCACUUCAACACCACGUCGAUUACAGAACUUGCCGAAAUUCACGGCAAAAACUCAGCCCAAAACAAAGCUUAACCCUGAUGCCGACGAGGGACCAUCCAUUAUGUUUGACUCACCUUCACCUGAUGAAGCACGAAAUCCAGGUCCUUCGAUCUAUGACCGCACUGCUCGCGCCGCCAUCGCCACAGUAAGCCCUGCAAAUCUUUCAGAAUCAUCGUCCAUGACUGCGGCAGCAUCGACCUCAAAGACCAAUGCAUCUGGCUUCCCUUCGAUGCAAUCGAUUCCCCUUAGUUUCAAUGACUUACCGUCUCGAGCACAACAUCUGAUCCUCAAUGAGUUGAUCAGUCAGAAUUCAGCACAGACAGCUGUUAUAUUCACGACACUACCCAGCCCAACAGAGGGUACCGGCGAAAGCGAGUUGGAUAGUAUCAGCUACUUGAGUGACCUGGAGGUCCUGACUCUUGGAUUGCCACCAACGUUGUUGGUACACUCGAAUAGUUUGACUGUAACUAUGAAUUUAUAA